AUGCAGGACAAUCCUUUCCUUCCUCGAUUGUAUUUAUCCGGUGUAUUCUUCUUUAUUCUCAUGUAUAACGGUUCUAAUGUUUUACCGAUUGCUAGGUUUUUACAUUACACACAUAAGAAGCAAGCAUUCCGUACCGCAUUGCCUCAACUGGAGGGAACGUCACAGUCUAUUCUUGCCCCGCUGCUCCCAGCUGCAGCCAUCUUUUACCUGGAUGAGUAUGGGCCAGACAAGUACGCAGAGGUCUUCCUGGGAGAGUUCGAUAAUCCGGAGAUCAUUUGGAGUACCCAGAUGAGGCGCCAUCUUAUUGAGCGAAUUGCUGUGCACGUUUCCGACUUUUCCAAUCGCCUCACCUCAAACGUGAAGGCUUUGUAUCAUACUGAGCGAUCCCGACUAAUUGACUAUCCUGAACUACAGAAUGAACUGUUCUGCUACGUAUAUUACCUGCGACAUCUUUGCGAUCGGCAACGAUUUCCUGAUUGGGAAAUUAGGGAUCCGGUAAGAUGUGACGAUUUCAUUGUUUCUUUUCGAUUUCACUACAUUUACUUUCGAGCUAUCACCGACAAUUUGAUUUCUGCAAUUUUUCGUAUAACCAUCACUUAA